GCAUAUACUCAGUUUUGGUGUGUAUUACUAGCGGAGUUUUUGUUUUCUUGGGAGGAUGCAUUGAAUGCGGGGUCCUGGGAGACCAGAUAUAGUGAAUGCAGGGUCCGGGGAGACCGGAUAUAGUGAAUGCAGGGUCCGGGAGACCAGAUAUAGUGAAUGCAGGGUCCUGGGAGACCAGAUAUAGUGAAUGCAGGGUCCGGGGAGACCGAAUAUAGGGAAUGCAGGGUCCGGGGAGACCGAAUAUAGGGAAUGCAGGGUCCGGGGAGACCGAAUAUAGGGAAUGCAGGGUCCGGGGAGACCA